CGCUCUCUGAGACUGAAAGGGAUCAACUCGAAACGGUACGAUCCCUUUCAAGUCUCUCUCUUUCUCUGCGUCUCUCUCUCUUUCGAUGUACGGAGGCUCAUCGAAGCUCGGCCGCGGUGGAGGCGGCGGCGGCUCGGGCCGAGGAACCGGAGCCAAGCGGCCCCACUCCUCCUUCCCUCUACCGCCGCCACACCGCCCAUCUGGCCCAGGCCCAGCCCCCGCCAGCCGCCUCUCUCUCGGCGGACGCGGCUCCGGCUCGGCCUCCAACCCCCGAAGCCGCGGCUCAGGCCCACCCGCCGCGCCAGCCGCCGUGGAAGAGACCUUCAGCCUCGUUGCUGGGAAUAACCCGCUCGCCUUCGCCAUGAUCAUACGGCUCGCGCCGGACUUGGUCGACGAGAUCAGGCGCGUGGAGGCGCAGGAUGGGACAGCGCGUAUCAAAUUCGAUGCGAACGCGAAUAAUUCUGCUGGGAAUGUUAUUGAUGUGGGUGGGAAGGAGUUUAGAUUUACAUGGUCACGAGAAUUUGGCGACCUAUGUGACAUAUAUGAGGAAUGCCAAAGCGGUGAAGAUGGAAAUGGUUUGCUUAUUGAAUCUGGGUCUGCCUGGCGAAAGCUGAAUGUGCAGCGUGUAUUGGAUGAAUCAACUAAGAACCAUGUUAAGAAGAUGUCAGAGGAAGCUGAGCGCAAGCUUAAAUCACGCAAAGCCAUUGUCUUAGACCAUGGGAAUCCGUCUAUGAAGAGUCAAUUAAAGGCAUUAGCUGCUGUUGAGACUAAUCCGUGGAGGCAUUACAAACAAAAGAAAGAGCCUGCAUUUAAAAAACGCAAAGUUGUACCACCUCAAGUGAGCGGGCCCCCUAAGUCUGUCCAUAAAUCUGGAAUAUCCUCAACAACCACUACAAAGGGCAGACACUCAUCUUCACCUCUUCCAUCUCCACCGGAGCAAUCGGUUCCUCCAGCAUCUCCACUGGGGAGUGUAAAUAUACCUAAGAGUCAUGCUACCGUAGAAGAUCUACUGCCCACUCAGGUGAAGAGUAAAGAGAAUGCUGCUACUAGCUCUGAGAAAGAAAUCCCAACCAGGACUACUGGUGCAGUACGGGAAACACCGGGACGCAAAAGAAAUGUUGGAGCUAUUGGACAUACAAUUCCCAACUCUGGAAAGAAGAUUGAGCCCUUUAUAAAAAAAUGUUCAAAUUUUCAAGCUCCAGGAAGAUAUUUCUUGAAGCCUGGAGUGGAGCUGGAAAGCCUCAAGAAACCUUUGUCGGAAAGCGGAAGUUCUCCUGAAGACAACCAUCACCAGAGACCUGCAACUGAAGACAAACAUGGUCAAACUCCUGCUGCAGAACGAAGCUUUGAAGAGAAAUUCCCUACUGAUGAGCUGGAAGAACCAGCACACUUGAACUCUAAACUUGGAGAAGAAGCAAAUGCAUUGGAAAAAAUUGACAUCCAACAGCAUUCACCUGAUCUGUUUGGUGAAAAAAAGGGCUCUGAAAAUGGUGAAGGGCAGGCGGGUAGCUCUAGUGAUAGUGGUAGUAGUGAUAGUGAAAGUGACAGCAGUGAUAGUGCAAGUGAAAGUGGAAGCCGUAGCAGAAGCAGAAGCAGAAGCAGAAGCAGAAGCAGAAGCAGAAGCCUCGUCGGUAGUGGAAGUGGGAGUAGCAGUGACAGUGAAAGUGAUGCAUCUUCCAACAGCAAGGAGGGUUCUGAUGAGGAUGUGGAUAUAAUGACAAGUGAUGAUGACAAAGAACCCCAGCAUAAAUUGCAACCCUCUGAACCAGGUUUCUCUUCCUCACCCAUCCUGUGUACAACUCCUGAUGGCAAGCCUGUGCACAGUGGGAAUUCUGAGAAGCAAGAUGGUCAAGGAUUUGAUGCAGUUGAGAUUGAAAAAGACUUUCCUGAUGAUGAACUGGGAACUGAAAUGGCUGUAGUUACAAGCUUGGUUCAUGACAAAGAGGGUGAAAAACAUGCCGAAGGAACUAAACCCUUUUCACCUGGUUGUAAUGAUCUGCAAGAGCACCAAAAUUAUGUAGGAAGUUUGUUUGAUGAAGGGGAAAAUACAGUUAAGGACAGUGUCAGACAUGAGCAGUCUGACAGCUCUGAGAGGAUAUCUAAAGGGAAACUCAAAAGGGGUUCUGAUGUGAAGCACAUCACUGAGAGAUUUGAACGUCCAAAAAGGUUAAGAGCAGAGGCUCAACCCCCUGUUUCUGGGGGUUGGGAUAUUCAAUUCUCAGGGAGCUCUCACAAUUUAUCCCCUGAUAGACUUGGUGGAAACCCGUAUAUGGGUCCUACCGUUCUAGCGACAAAUAGAACUGAUAGGGAUGGGAAUGCUGAUUUUGGCCUACAGAAGGGAUACAACCAGGCAUUUCCUGGAAAAUCUAGUUCAGAUAUCCAGCAAUCUGGUCGAAGGUCCUUUGAUCAAAGCACAAGGGCAAAGGCUCCUGAUACAGCAGAGAGACCUGACAAAUGUGAGAGCUUGGGACGUGGCCGUAAAUACUCUGAAAAGAGCUCUCACGUGCAUGAGGGUUUCUCCAUGCAAAAAGAAAAUUUUCAUAGAGAUGCUCCAAAUGAAGAUGACUAUGCAAAGGCGAAAAAGGUUUCAAAAAAAUCCAAGGGAGGUGGUGCUGGUGGCAAACAAUCAUUGCCAUUUGACUCACAUAACCGGAAACAUGGUGAAAUGCUUGGAAAGUCCAAGGAAGGUGGGCAGUUUUCGAGUUCACUCAUGGAAUCUUUGCCAAAGGAUAACAUCAGAACUGGAGUGGACGUAUCCCCUGUGGUCAAUGGCAAAGGCAGUAUUCUUCAAAGAGAGCUUUCAGACUUGGAGUUGGGCGAACUUCGUGAGCCCUUGCAUGAGGAAACACCAGUUACAAAGAAAUUUGAACGUAAAAGUUCAUUUAAACAAUUUGAAAAUAAACAGUUCUCUUCAGAUAACUGGAAUUCAGAUUUAAGUAAAGGAAAACCUGUUGGGAAGGCAACUUUAGAAUCUGGAAAGCCAUCCCCACCCAAUCUAAAUACGGGGCUCCAUAGCAAUCUAGAAGGCUCAACUAAAAAGAGGAACACAGAAGAUCGGGCUGAAGAUCUAAGAAGGUCUCACCAAAGGGUUGUGCAAUCUCAGCCACAACACCUGUCAAAAGUUGAUCAUGCUGAAGUUGGGUCCCAGCUUAACAGAUUGGGAGAUGGGAGUAAUAAAUCUAGACAGAAUGAAAGUAUAGCUAGCCAAGGGAUUGGUCUGGAAAGCUAUAGUGAAAGCAAUAAGAAAGCACCUGUAACUACUCCUCAACAGCAUGAUGCUAAACGAGGAUCAGUUUCUCACUCCAUAAUAGAAACUAAAAAACAAGUAUCUAAUGCAAUAGCUGAGUUGAGUGAUGGGAGAAAGGAUUCAAAUUGGGCUGAGGGCAAUAAUAAUGAUCGCAAGAGGAGGGAUUCUUCUUCAGAUGAAAAUAGUUGUUCUUAUUCCAAGUAUGAAAAGGAUGAGCCGGAGCUGAAGGGACCAAUAAGGGAUUUUUCUCAGUACAAAGAAUAUGCGCAGGAGUAUCAUGAUAAGUAUGAUAGUUAUUGUUCCUUGGACAAGAUUCUGGAGAGUUACAGGAAUGAGUUCUAUAAACUCGGAAAGGACCUUGAUUCUGCUAAAGACAGGGAUAUGGAGAGAUACUAUGACAUCUUGGGGCAGUUGAAGGAAUCCUAUCAUCAGUGCGGAAUGAGACAUAAAAGGCUGAAAAAAAUAUUUGUUGUGCUUCAUGAAGAAUUAAAGAACCUCAAGCAAAGGAUUAAAGACUUUGCACUCUCAUAUGCAAAAGAUUGAAGAGAAAUCUUAUGCACUCUUGUAUACAAAGAAGGUGAAGUCUCCUAGGACUUGGAAGUUAUCUGGGGAAUGAUCAAGGAAGAUCACCAGAAUGCAAGUUCUGCUUCAGAGAUGGAGGAAGAACUUUCUCUUCAUGACCUUGAAGAUGAAGGAAGCACAUCAGAAUGCAGAAAUUGCUACAAAGAAAGAGGACUCCUGCCCGGUUAGACUGGAUGUCCACAACUUUUUGGUUCACACCCCAUAAUUUAAUUUCUGUAUAUACAUCUUGUGCCCUUUGUAUAUUCCUCUUCUACUCAGGUCUGGCUUUUUGUUUUUGUUUAGCCUGACCUUGUCUGGGCAUUUGGACUCUUUUUUUUUUUUUUUUUUUUUUUUUCACCAAGUAUUUGGGCAUUGGACUUUGUUACGAAUUUUGUGGGUAUUUGUAUAUUCUGCUUAUCUUCGGGAAAUUCUUCAAUUUUUCCAAAGGAAGACAAGGAGAUACGAAAAACAUAUCUUAAUUGUUUGGCCACUACAUGAAAUCCAUUCCUCACUUCUUGCA